CAGUGUAACAAUUAUAAACAAAAAUAGGAAAAAUAAAUCCAUCAAAUUGGAUUCAAAAAGCGCACCCGAGGCCCUUACAGGGGCCUCAAGCCAACCGUCAAAACCGAAAACAUUACUCGUACAUCCCUUCACGAAAAACCGUCAACCAGAAACCGAAAAACCGUACUUACUCGAAACACCGAACUUGAAACGACGACCACCCUUACUUGAGCUCCCGGCGGAAUUCAAAAAACCGAAACUUUUCAAUCAAGAAACCGAUUCAAUACAAAAAGACGAUUGUGAUACUAACAAUAUUACGAAUACUAAUAAUAAUAGUGAAGUGGACGGUACCGACGGUACUAAAAGUGACAAAAAGUGCCGGUGUUGUUGUAGCUGCAGUGACGAUUGUCAUCAACCUGUAAAGGUUAUAAUUGCGCCUACGAUGAUCCCUUCAAUUUUUGGACCUCUGCCAUCGGUCCCGUAUAUUGUGAAACAAGGGAAAAUUGAAAAGAAGCAGAUGACAACCAUGGUGGUCCCGAGUGGUCCUGUGUCGUCACCGCCAAAAGAUUGCUGUCCAAACAUCAUUAUGAACAAGGAAUCAGGAUGGGAAGAAAUGAGGCGACCAGUACAUACAUGGGGCCACCACAGCCUGGGCAUCCAAGAGCAUUAUCACAUCUUUGUCGGCGACCUGAGUCCAGAGAUUGAGACGCAGAGUCUUCGUGAUGCCUUUGCACCUUUUGGAGAAAUCUCUGAUUGCCGGGUGGUGCGUGACCCGCAAACGUUGAAGUCCAAAGGAUAUGGAUUCGUUUCUUUCCUGAAAAAAUCGGAGGCGGAAUCUGCCAUUACGUCGAUGAACGGACAAUGGCUGGGCUCAAGAUCAAUCCGUACCAACUGGGCCACUCGGAAACCACCAGCGCCUAAGAAUGAACUGAACUCCAAACCUCUGACCUUCGACGAGGUGUACAACCAGAGCUCCCCAACCAACUGCACCGUCUACUGCGGCGGUCUGACCACUGGUCUGACCGAGGAGCUGAUGCAGAAGACCUUCCAGCCUUUCGGCACCAUCCAGGAGAUCAGAGUCUUCAAGGAUAAGGGAUACGCUUUUAUCAGAUUCUCAACAAAGGAGAGCGCAACCCACGCCAUCGUCGCUGUGCAUAAUACUGAUGUUAACGGCCAACCGGUGAAGUGCUCCUGGGGCAAGGAGUCCGGGGACCCUAACAACGCCCAAGCUCAGGGCCAGCUGCCAACCGCCUACAGCCCAUUCGGUGCCGCGUACACCGCGGGCGGAGUGCCCCCAACCUCUUACUGGUACAACACUUACCCCCAGCAGCUUGGGGGCUUCCUGCAGGGAGUCCAAGGUGUCCAGGGGUACACUUACGCGGGGCAAGCUUUUGCGGGGUACCAACAGCAGUAUAUGGGUAAAGAGUUUGGGCAAUGGGCUAAUCCAGCUGCCUGUUCCAGCAUGGGAGGAGUGCAGCUGCCCUGGGCCCUGGGGUCUGGAGUGGGGGGUGGUGUCGGGGGGGUGGCCGCUAUGUCACAGCCCCCGCAGGUGUUGCACUACCCGGUGCAGCAUUUUCAAGUUCAGCCGAUCGGAGAGGACGAGUGGCUAGCCCCCAGUCUGUUGGUCUGAGGCCAGAGCCAGACGCCGGCGAAUACUCUUAACAUGCACAAUCAGAUGUGAUUUCGGUUUAUUUAAAUCUAAACUUAUUUUUAUGACAAGAAAGCAUGAUUUGAAAGUCUAUAGUUUUAAAACCUUUAUUACGACGGUUAAUGUCUGAUUCUUGGGUUUUUUAAAGCCUGAUGAUUUUUAUUUUAUUUUGUAUUUAAACAUUUUUGACUUGAAAACCGAAUGAAGAUGUUAGUAUUAUUUUAUGACCACAUACUUUAUUUAAAUAGUUUUUGAGUUGUCAUACAUUGUUUGAUACUUCAAAUUUCAAGCAAUUUAUUUAAAAAUCUAUGUUGAAAGGGAAAAAAACAAUUAGCCGUCGUAUAAAGGUUUGUGUCGUAUUUUUAAUUUUUAACUUCAAUAUUGUGUCAAAAAAAUAUACAUUUGAGAAAAGGAUUGCCAAACAAGGCAUAGCUUCAACUAAAAGACAUUUGAAAUGUAUAUUUUUUUGUUAAAUUCGAACUGUCAUUAUUGAAAAAAAAAAUCUUCUUUCAUGUUUUAACUAUUUCGGUGUUGUUUAAAUAUAAGCUCA